ACACAAAUAUUAAUCAAAAUUAAAAUUAUUUAAGACAUGGGAAAUUCAAAUAAAAGUAAGGUUAGAUCAAUAUCCAAUCCACAUUUAGGAGAGGAUUAGCAAAAAUUAGAAUAACAAUAACCUAUUGAAAAGUAAGAUUAAGAUAGCUAAGAUCUAAAAUACACUUAGGUUAAAUAAAUAACUCAGUAAAGCUAAUAGAAUUCAUCUUAGAAACCCGUUAAAAAAUAUGAAAAUUCAACUUAAAAAUCUCAUAGAGAAAAAAGAUUAAGCAGUGAACACGAUUAAAGAAGCGGCAAAAAUCAUAGAUAUGGAGAUAAUAGGUAGUCUUAAGAUAGUCCUCCUAAUAAACCUAUCAAAACAUGCUAAAAUGUAGGGAGUGGAGGAAAGAAAAGAAAAAGUUUGGAAGAUAUCAUGAUCAGUGAAAUUUAAAAACUGAAGAAAUAUUAGCCUUAAAAACACACACAAAGCAAUUAAGUUCAAAGUUUGCUGAAUUAUAAAAAUAGAUUAUAGAAUCAAAUAAGCGCUAGCUAAAAUAAUUAUGAGAGUAUUGUGAAAUCAAAUCAAUCAUCAUUGUUAAUGAAUCAUCUUAUUACACAUAGCAGGAGUAUUUCACCUUAACUUAAAAAUAAAUAAAAAUCAAUAAGUCCUGAUAGUAGUAUACUAAGCAAGUCUAAAAUUUUUAUCCCCUAAGUGAUUUAGGUAAAUGACUCUGAGCUAAAGCAAUUAGAAGGAUUGGAGGUAAUCAGCUCUUUAAAAUUAAUGCAAUGUAAAAAUAAUAAAAAAGAUAUCUAAAACUAAGAUAAAAAUCAUCUCUUUAGAUCUCAAACAAAUCCUAGAAAGAGAAAUAAUUGGGAAAUGAUCACAAAAAACUUUAGUGCAACAAAUAGAAAUUAUAAAUUUUAAUCUUUUAAUAAUCAAACCUACAUAGUAAAUUCUUCAAAAUAGAAUUCUAGCCAUGGAUUUAGUAAUCUCAUAUCUCCAGAAAUGCGACCAAAGAAAAAUAGUGAUUUAGUUAUUUAUAAUUAAAAUAAUGUGCUGCCACAACUAAACGAAUAAAAUAAGAUAAAUUAAUAGAAUGAAAAUAUACCUAAACACACUCCUAGGAGGAUAGAAGAAUUAUUUUCUAUAUAUGAAGGAGGUAGAAGGAAGAUAUCACAGGAUAAAAAUAAAGAGAAAUAGAAUUAAUUGAUGCAAAUUACUUCCUAUUUAGACAAAAAGUAUUAAACAAACUCCAAAAAAAAAGCUGAGCUCGAAAAGAUAGAACCUUACAUUAGAUCAAAAUCUCAAAGUAAUAACAAUACAACUGUAUCUCCUCGCCAGCCAGCUUCUACUAAAGUUAAAAAGGAUAUACUAAUGCCUAUGUUUAUAGUAUAAUCUCCUUAGUAGCAAUAAGAAGAAGAUGAUUUUGAAAAGUGUUGUAAACCAAGUUCAUUUAUAUAAACAAAAUAAUCUUACUAAAGAACUUAAUCAACUAAAAAUCCAGGCUAAAUAAAAAAUAAAAUGCUAAGAACGUAGCUAAAUAGCAGUACAAUAAGAUCAAACUCAAGCACUCAUAAAGAGAACAUAAAAAAUCUUUCUAAAUUAAGGUAUAAUAAGCCUUACUAAAUAGAAUUUGAUCAGCAAUAAUAUGAUAUUCUGAACAAAUCAAAUGUAAAUAGUAAAAAGAACAAUCAUAUAAAAUUUAAUGAGUAUUUAAAAGAGUGUUAGCUAUAGCAAUAAGAGUAAUAAAACAAUACAUUUUACUCAAAGAAAAGCCAAUCAUUUUAUGAUGAAGCUUUGGAUUAGUCUAAGAUAUUAUUAACUAAUUAAGAAAAUUCUACCUUUUAUAUGAGCAAAGCUAAAAAUUAAAAUUAAUAAAUAGAUGGCUAGCUUGAUAGUGAAAUACCAUAAAAUGAAGAAAACAAAACAACAAAGGAAUUAAAUUCUAAUCAAAGAGAGCUUAUUUCUGAAAGCAGAGAGUAAGACAAUAAUCUUUAAUCUUUUAUAGAUUAAAGUUCAUAAUAUGGAUUUUAAGAAACUAAUAGUUAUCAUUUAAAUAUUGGAUAUGAAAGAAUGAAAAUAAGGAAAUACUAAAAUAAUUCUUAGGUUGGUAUCUUAUCUAAUAUGGAUAUUCAAAAAAUAUAUAUGAAAAAUCCUCUUCUUGAUGUUUACACUUCAACUCUAAAAUAAAAUUAAAAGUUAAAUUAAAAUAUUCAAAAAAAUAAUUUGUAUAUAUAAAAUAACUCCUGCUUGAUUAACAACUCUAUGAGUACUUCAAAUGGACAAUUUAUAAAAUUUGUACCAUAAAAUUAAUAAACAAUUAUAGAUAACAAAGAAUAUUAAAAGUAGUAACUAAUAAAGACAUAUCAACCAAAAAAAUAAAAGCAAAAUAGAUAAUAGAUAUGA